GAUCUUGGUGGUACCCUGACUCAGGAGCCACACAUCAUCUCACAAAUGAUUUCAGCAACCUCAGCUUAGCAGGAGACUUUCAUGGAUCAGAAACCAUUCAAAUGGCAAAUGGAGCAGGUAUGAAAAUUGCUCACCUUGGGAAGUCUUACAUUGAAUCUGCUCAUAAACCCAAUCAUUUGUUUUACCUAAACAAUCUCUUUCAUGUCCCUCAAAUCACUAAAAACCUAUUGAGUGUCUCACAAUUUGCUAAGGACAAUAAAGUCUUUUUUGAAUUUUACCCCUUGUCAUGUUUUGUGAAGGAUCAAGCAACCAAGGAAGUUCUAUUGGAAGGGAAUCUUAAGAAUGGUCUAUACACCUUCAGCUCAUCAGAAGCAAGAGUCCA